AUGCCUUAUCCAGUCAGAGAUCAUAGUAACUCCACUUCGAAUCGUUUAAUAUUGGAUGAGCUAAAUUACGAUCGGAAGGCUUUAUCUGUAGAGCACGAAGCACUUCUUAGUAGAAUGACCGACGAGCAGAAGAAUGUUUAUUCAAAGAUCAUGGACGUUGUUGAUUCUGCUAAUGGUGGUGUAUUUUUUGUAUACGGAUAUGGCGGGACUGGGAAGACCUACUUGUGGAGAACAUUGUCUGCGGGGUUACGAUCGAAGGGUAAAAUUGUUUUGUGUGUCGCAUCAAGUGGAAUAGCAUCUCUUUUGUUGCCUGGUGGGAGAACUGCACACUCUCGAUUUCGCAUACCGCUGAGUAUUCAUGAAAAUUCAUCCUGCGAUAUCGACCAGGCAAGUCCUCUUGCGGCACUUAUAAUACGAUGCUCUCUCAUUAUAUGGAACGAGGCGCCGAUGAUGCACAAACAUUGCUUCGAAGCUGUCCAAACAUCAUUGCAGGCUAUUAUGGGAGCAGUUGACCCUUCCAACAGUAACAAGCCAUUCGGAGGCAAACCUGUUGUAUUUGGUGGAGAAUUUCGACAAAUACUUCCAGUUAUUCCAAAGGGGAGUCGUCAGGACAUUGUGAACGCAACCAUUAAUUCUUCUGACAUUUGGAGGAAUUGUACAGUGUUGCGUCUUAAUAAGAACAUGCGUCUUCAGAGCAUUUCAGAUGUAGACGAACGUGAUGAGCUAACAACAUUUGCUGAGUGGAUUGCGAGCAUUGGAGAUGGGACUGUAGGAGGAUCAAAUGACGGUUGUGCCGCGAUAGACAUUCCAGAGGAUAUACGAUUGGAAACCUCAGAUGAUCCAAUUUCUACAAUCGUCGAAAGUAUCUAUCCAAUGUUCAAAAAUGCAACUGACGAUCCAAGUUAUUUGAAGGACAGAGCUAUAUUAGCGCCUACUUUGGAGGUCGUUGAGUCUAUCAAUCAAUACAUGUCGGAUAUGAAUUCUGCUGAAGGUCGUACAUAUUUGAGCUCUGACAGUGUUGGGGUACUCACGGGCAAGAGGAAAAUUCGCGAGUUAGGCAUUGAUUUUCGCGCGUACUGUCCGAAAACUUGCGAGCUAGACCACACUCGCGAGCUGGGCGAAAUCGGAUUCGGGGGCGCAGACGACAGCUGUUGGCAGCACUGGAGGACGUGCAAGUCCUUGCAGCCAUACGAGGCUAUGGUCUUGAAAGCUACAUCAAUGGUGAGCUCACAGCUCCUGAAAAUAUCACAACGACUUCAAAAGAGGCUUUGCUCAUCCCCGAAUGGAAAGAGAAAUGGAAGCUGA